AUGACCACACCAUCGCAACCGCGCUCGUUUGGCUCCCCGGGCUAUCCCCCCGCCUCUUCCUCAUCGGACUACUCGCCUACUUCCACCAGCACUCCCUUUGCUACGCCUGCAACUCGUGCCACCAGCAUCGCUCCAAGCACCUUAUCGCGCUCGGCUCCUGGCAGUCGACGCGCCAAGUUCGCCAUGGUCAAUCCAGCAGACCAGUCGCCCCUUCAAGCGAUCCAUGCCAGUCCCACACCUACAGGCUCACGCUCCGCAACACCUGUCAGCAUGGAGCAUCCCGUUGCCAAAGAGCAUGCCCAACCCUCUUCUUCCACUUCCACUUCCACCUCGCUCACCACGUGUCCACCCGCUCGCACAGUCAACCGUGUUUGUCUCACAGCAGCCGCUCCUUCCACCAACACGAGCUUGCCGUUGACCUCGUCUCCAACCAACAAGCUUGCACCGUCCCUUUCUUCUUCGACAGCAAAACUCGGCUGCUCAACUCCCUCUACCAGCGCAGCCGGGUCCGGCUCUUCCGCUCCCGCAACACGCUCCGAAAUGUCCAAGGAUGCCCAAGACUUUUUCGCCAGAGCGCAGGCAAUGGGCCUCCGUCUCACACGCGAAGACUACGAGAGGACAAAGGCUGGCGUGGCCGCCUUUCUCAAAGCUGAACGUCGUCCUUUCUCGGCCACGGCUACGCCUGAUGUCGCUUCCACUUCUGCAUCUUCUUCCAAUCCAACCGAGCGCAAAGCAUCUACGAGCACCCAACGCACAGCGACUACCACAACGUCCACAGCCUCCAUCGAAUCCGCUUCGGAUGCUGCAAAGCCAGUUGAACCCCCAUCCGGCCCCUCCCAGCCUCGUAUCGCCGCUCCUUCGCUCUUGACACGUCCAAGUGCUUCCGCAUGGCCGCGCAACACCAGCAGUCCGGCCCUCUCCUUUUUCACCGCCGUCAUUGAGCCAGAAGACUCUCCUGGGUCGCCCAAGAUCCACCCCAGCCUCGACCAGGUUGGCAACGCCGAAGAGCGACGUCGUCUCAAGCUCAAGAAGCACAAGCUACGUCAGCGACGCCAACGUGAGCGUGCCAUUGCCGCUGCCAAUGUCGCCUCGACUUGCGCCAAGGAUCUUCUCGCGACGCCCAACUCCACCGUCGCUCACUCCUCGCCCGCUUCAGGCUCCAGUUCCGCCUUUCGAACUCCUCCAGCCAGAAAUCACGCAAAGAAGAACAGCUGCAGCAGCAUCAAAUCCGUCACUCGCGUCGGCCUUGGUCUCGACCUCAACGGCAGCGAUUCUACUACAAGCCCGGACCCUUCCACUCCCUCCAACCCUCUUUCCAGCGGCUUCUCCGGUCGCAGAUCUCGCGUUCGCACUGUCUCGUUCGAGGCUUCGCCCGUCGCGCGCGUCAGUGGCGAGGUACGUGACUGCACCUCGCUCGAGGAACUUAGCCGUCGCGCCUGGGUUAGCCCUCGAGGCACGCUGCGAUUGCUCAAAUCGCCUGUCGAACAAGAUGCUGUCUUCUGCAGCCCCGAUGUCGAUCCCGACGACUCUGGCAUCUGCUUUUCCAUCCUCGAGCCGCCCACCUCUGCCGCUGCCCGCCUCAACGGCGGCUUGGCUGCCGACGGUUGGGGCGCGGCUCGUCGAAGGGCUCUCUCAACAAGCUCCAACGGCACCGCUGCUCCUGCUCACUUGGACAGCUCCGACAUCAAGAUGAGCGGUCUGAGCUUUCUCGACAGGAUCAUGUCCAAGCAGACCAGCCCAAGGCGCCUCUACAAGGCCGAGAAGCUCAGGCAAAAGCAAGCAGCCCACCAAAAGGUGUUGCAAGAGCAGGUACAAGCCGAAAUCGCCGCUCAGCACGUUGUCGAUGCCGCCGCCCGCGCACAACACGAGCUCAACGAGGCCGUCAAAGCUGCCGCUGCAGCCGAUGCCAUCAAGGCAGCCAAUCCGGACUACGCUUCCCUCGUGCUAAGCACCCCUAGCGGCGCCAACAGGACACGAAAAUCGCCAGAUUCCAUCGUGCGUGCUACCCCUCUCGAAUCCUCCUCCUCUCGCGCUUUGCGCUGGACCACCCUCGGUGCAAGCCCCGGUAACAUGCACAUGCGCAUGACCACGCGCGAGCACUACGACUUUACCAUGCACGGCAUUUCGCCCAGUCAGCCCGGUUACGAUUCUCUCGACACGCUCUGCAACAUUCACUCGACCCCUGGUCCCAUCACCUUUUCCGCCUGGGACGCCGAGCCCCUGUCGACCUUGCGAAAGACUUCUGACGCCAAUCGUUCCAAUGUACGAGCCAGCUCGUCCGUCACGCCUGCUGCUCACUUCCUCAUGGCAACCGACGAGCAUCGUCCCGAGCUGAUUGGUGUCAGCCCUUCGGUUGCCAGCUUCUUCCACGCUAGGCAGGUGAGCGCGCAGGCUUCAGCCAACUCUUCACUCAUGCGCUCUUCAUCGCAGGGGGUGGCGGUCAUGUCUCCGCUCUCAGGACGUCUCGUCUCGGGUGUCGCCAGCCGAAUUGGCGAUCUCGAUUUUGACGUUGAUGACGAUAUUGGAAUCAACAGCGAAGACACAGCCAGUCUUGGCAAGCCUCCAGCUUUCAACGCCAAGCGCGGUCUUUUGUUCUCUGUUCCCGGUGGUACUGCACUCGACCCGCCUCCCUCGUCGCUUGCUGAGGCCGCCCAGCUGGAUGACACUGCUCACAAGGGCUUCAUCGUGUCGACUUCAUCACCCAUGGCUUUCAAUUUUUCCCUUCGAGCCGGUAUCGACGGUGAUCAGAUGAUCGGCGGUAAGCUGCCGUUCGCCAGCCCCCGUAGUGCCCUCGUCCGCGCCCAAUCAGGUUCUGCCAUCGACGCUCGCCGCGAUCGUCAACCGUCUGGCAACAUUCGCGAAUUUUUGAGUUCAGCAACUAGCAGCAGCAAGCACAAACGCGGCCUUUCGCGCAAGAUCGACACCAUCAGUCCCGCCGACGUCUUUGGCUCUAGCUUGCCACGCACCGUAUCGGCACCUAAUGUCGAGACCAAACAGCCACUGCCCGAACCAAGCAAGGGCGUCAGUCAUGCUUUCGACGCACCUCACGCUGAAUCCCAAGACGACACCAGCCUCACCACGGCGCGCAAUCGCAGCAAGAAGAGAAUCAAACUCGCAGAGGAACGCCGCGUACAGAGCGACUCGCCGCCUUCUCCCAGCAAACAGCUCGCAAAUGCAGCCAAGACGGUCGCUGAUGAGUCGGCUGUGCUCGUGCAGCCAUCUUCUGAGCUGCCAACCAUUGCUGUCAACAUGAUGAGCCGAGCUGAAGAUGCCGAGCCGGCUGCCGCCCUCUUUGCUACUAAGGGCACCGAGCAGCAUGCUGACAUUAGUGGCGCUGCGGCCAACAGCGUAUCGCAGCCUUCAUCGACGAAGAAGAGCAAGAAAUCCAAAGCUGCUGGGGACUCUGGCUUGCACUUGGGUGCGAUCAAGGACGUCGAUGUUCCUUGCCAGGACUUUGAGCGUAUGGCCCAAGCCGCUCCGUCUGUCCAGAAUGGCGAUGAGAUCGGCUGGGACCAGCCAGACGGCAGCCGCCUGGUCAAGUUGGUCUCGGAAGAGCUCAGAGCGGCGCUCGAUGCGGGCACGUUGCUCGAGGAGCCAGCUGCGCGUUACUAUCUGUUGCCGCCCGGAUUUGGGCAAUCCAAGGCCAAGCCAAGCUCGGUGUCGUACGCUGGCCUCAUUGGCCAGGCGAUCAAAUCGUCAUCCGACAUGCGUCUUUCGCUGUCGGAAGUAUACGACUGGAUCAGCUCUACCUAUCCAUUCUUCGAAAAGGGUGACCGCGGAUGGCAGAACUCGAUCCGUCACAAUCUCAGUCUCAACAAGAGCUUUAUCAAGAUUGAACGGGAGGCCAACAUGCCGGGCAAGGGCGGAUGGUGGGCUAUCAAGCGGGGCCACGAGGACCGGUUCCAGAAUGGCCUAUACAACGCCAUGCCUCAGAAGUUCGAGGCUGCCAAGGCUCGGCAGCAGCAGCAGCAACAACAACAACAGAGCCAGACGAACAGCAAGGCUGUGAACUCUCUCGAUGCCGUCCAGAGUGCGCUCAGCGUGGACGACGCCGAUACGACUUUGACCUCGUCGCAGGGCGGCGACAGCGUGGACAACAGCACCAAGAAACGCAACAAGGCCAAGCGCAAGAAGUCGCAGACGGGCGAUGCUGCCGACAGCGGCGACGAAUCGGACAAGGAAAGCGGUCGACCGCAGUCAACCAAGAAGGUCAAGGUUCUAGGCCCUCGCGCUGCGGCUGACCGCCUUCCGCUCCUGGAGACGCAGCUUCAGAACAGCGAUGGGUUGGCAGGCGCUGCUAUGGCGAUCAACGGACUCGAUUCGAUCACACCCAUUCGUCCUCAUGUCGGCUCGUCGGUCUACACGGGCAGCAUCGCAGGCAGCAACUACAGCAAGACCAUUCCCGGUUUGGUCGACAGCGCCAGCAGCCCUCCUAGCAGUCCAUUGAUGCUGAUGCCGCCGCCAUCGAUGCAAGCAACCGCCAACCACAGCGCAAGGAAGCGCAAACUGGCUGGUCAAGGCAACGGCCAGCUUGGUUACGGCCCUGCUUUCUCUCCUUCUCUCUACGCCAUGCGUGGCUCGGCUCUGGGCGGCGCAUUUGCCUUUUCGAACGGCCUGGACGACACUUCGUGUGGUUCGCCUUUGCGCCGACAGAUCAAGGGCUCAACUGGCGAACAUGCUUCUAACAAUUCGUCGGUCACGUCUCCGAAGCGACUGUGGUCCAUCAGCUCGCCCGUGUCGUCGAUGCGCGGACAGGGACAACAGGGACAGGGUGAUAGUGGAGCUCGAUCACCUACAUCGACUGCACGCGUUGCCGCUGCCUUGGCCCACUCGCCCAUCCGAAGCUCACCUCUGCGGAGCAGCGGAGCGGGCAUGCUCUCUCCGAAUUCGAGUGCAAGCCUGCAGAUGCAGCUGGCUAUGGGUGGCAAUGCGGGCCAGAUGAGCUUCAACGGCGCCGGCUUCGGUGCGGGACUUGGCAUGGGAUCAGGUCUGACGCCGGGGCGUACACCUGGCUCGCUGCGCUUCUCGAGCGGCAUGUCUCCUGGCCGACGAGGCUUCCAGAGCCAAGGCCAGAUGAUGGGUAUGAGUCUGGUCGGGGCUGCUCCGCAAAACAUGCAGCAGUCGUGGUACCUGGACGACCCGUUUGAGAUGCAAGCCAGCCUGCAACAGCACCAUCAGCACCAACAGAUGAUGCCGCAGCAUCUUCAGAUGCACGCACAGCCUGGUCACGGCAGCGUGGUCCCCCACUAUCCUGGAUUCAGCGGCGUUGGUGAAGGGCUCACGACUUCGCCACUGCGUCAGGCGUGGAACAGCAUCCAGGCUGCCGGUGGCAUUCAGGCCUUCACUGGAGGCCAUGCCUUUUCGCAAGCUCGACAGUGA